AUGGCAAUUGGUAAAACCUCUACAAACGUUCCUGUCUUGCGCUGGGGAUUCCUUGGUGCUGGCAAUAUUGCUACUGAUUUUGCAAAUGAUUUGAUAAAAGCCCCCCAAUACCACAAGCACCAGCAUGCGCUUGUUGCAGUUGCUACUCAAAACAGCCGAGAAAGAGCCGCUGCUUUUGCUGAAAGGUACAAGAAUGAAAAUUCUUCUCCUAAAGCAUACGGAUCUUAUGAAGAAUUACUUCAGGAUAACAACGUUGAUAUUGUCUACAUUAGCAAUCACCAUCCUCAACACUAUGGUACCGUCAAGCUAGCUUUGCAUGCUGGAAAAGGUGUCUUGUGUGAGAAACCUUUGACGAUUAACUAUCCUGAAUCCCUGGAAUUGGUAAAGUUAGCUCGCGAGAAAAAGGUGUUCUUUGCCGAAGGUUUCUGGAUUCGCUUUUUCCCUAUCGUGAAAAAAGCACAGCAACUAUUACACGAAGAGCGUGUCUGCGGAAAAAAUCUUCGACUCUUUAUUGACUUUUGUCAAGACUCUAAGUUUCGCGAGCUACCCAAGGACUCUAGAAUGCUCAAUGUCUCUUUAGGUGCUGGUGUGCUUCUUGACAUGGGUGUAUAUCCUUUGACCUGGUCUCAGGUCCUCUUGUUCGACGAUCCCAUAAACCAAAAAAAUGAUCCUACAGUUUCUUCCAACGCUCUCACAUUCACUGAUCACAAUGGCGAUGUCGGCGAUUAUUCCACUGCUGUCACUUUGGUAUUUCCAAAGUCUCAAGCUAUUGCCGUCUUAUGUACUUCCAUGGAUCGUGAUCCUGUAACUCAAGACUUUUUGCGUAUCGAUGGAGACAGUGGAGCUCAGUUGAUUAUUUCUGGUAAAUGUUUUCGCCCUCAAAUACUGACCCUAAAAAGGCCAGAUGGGAAAUCGGAGACUAUGGAUUUUUCCUUCGAUGCCACAGGAUUCUUUUAUGAGCAAGAUGCAGUUUUUGAAUAUAUUAUGAAUGACCUUAAUGAAGCUUCUGAAAUUCCUCAUGCAGAGACUCUUCGAAUGAUGCGCUUAACGGACCAAAUCCGUCAUCAAUUGAAGAUUUCCUACCCUGCCGACAUUCAGUUUACCACGAAUUGA